AUGCUCCCAACAGUGGCCUGCAUCCACAGAGGCUUGUUCUGUUCCUGUGCUGGACUCUCUGUGCGCAUGACCAGCAGGGGGAUAGGCCAAAAGGGCAUCCUGGCCAAUCGGGUGGCCGUCGUCACGGGGUCCACUGAUGGGAUCGGCUUUGCUAUCGCCAGGCGCCUGGCCCGGGACGGGGCCCACGUGGUGGUCAGCAGCCGGAAGCAGCAGAAUGUAGACUGGGCAGUGGCGGCGCUGCAGGGGGAGGGGCUGAGUGUGGUGGGCACCGUGUGCCACGUGGGGAAGGCCGAGGACCGGGAGCGACUGGUGGCCACGGUCGUGGAGCACUGUGGGGGUCUCGACUUCCUGGUGUGCAGUGCAGGUGUCAACCCGUUGGUGGGAAGCACCCUGGGGGCCAGUGAGCAAGUGUGGGACAAGAUCCUGGAAGUGAAUGUGAAGGCCCCGGCCCUGAUACUGAGCCAGCUGCUGCCCCACAUGGAGAAGAGGGGGAGGGGGGCGGUCAUCCUGGUCUCCUCCAUUUCAGCGUAUGUACCACAUGUGGAGCUGGGUCCCUACAACAUCAGUAAGAUGGCCCUGCUGGGCCUCACCAGGACACUGUCAUUGGAGCUGGCCCCCAAGGGCAUCCGGGUGAACUGCCUGGUUCCAGGAAUAAUCAAGACUGACUUCAGCAAAGUGGUGAGGACUGGGGCAUCAAAACCAGAGUCUGAGAUCAUUGACAUGUGUUCUGUCCUCCUUCUGUCCAGGAUUGGGCAGCCUGAGGACUGCGCGGGACUUGUGUCCUUCCUGUGCUCUCCAGACGCCAGCUACAUCACCGGCGAGAACAUCGUGGUGGCCGGCUUCUCCUCUCGUCUCUGA